AGAGCUUUCCACUCCCGUAAAGCGUUUCCGUCUCAGGAACUGAGAGGCAGUUGUAAUUCUGUCAUACAGGGUCGCUAUGAGUCGGCAGAAUGAUCACCAAGACCCAGCGAGUGGACGUGGGUGUUGGCCUUCCCGAGAAAAAGAAGAAGAAGAAAGUGGUCAAAGAGCCUGAGCUCCAGUAUUCCGUCUUCAAAGAUGACUACUUCAUCGAGGUUUCUCCUCACAGAACCACCUCCCGCUCCAAGAGUGCGUUCCACACGCCCGAGACGCCACUCGUGAAGAAGAAGAAAAAGAAGAAGAAAGUCCCUGCUCUGGACCACCUAGAGCCCCAGGCGGUGCUGCUGGCCCGGCGCCCAGCCAGGUCGGCCAGCCCCCGGAAGCAGGCCCUGAGCGUGGUGGAGCUCCACAGCGGGGAGGAGAAGAAGAAGAAGCAGCAGCGCCGCUCCGUGUCCGUCCUGGGCCUGCCCCACGGCCUGGCCGGGGAACCCUCCCUGCACGACAGACUGGGGGUGGACGGACCCAGAGCUGGCAAGAAGCUCAAAAAGCACAAGAAGGAGAAAAGCGCUCAGGACCCCGUGGCCUUCUCAGCCCAGAGCCCUUGGCUGUACGAGGCUGGCGACGUGCUCUACACCUGUGCAGCGAGGGAGCUGGAGGAGGAGCUGGCGGCCGCCAAGCAGAAGCGGAAGCAGGGGAGCCGCAUCAAGGUGAAGAAGAAAAAGAAAAUCUACCAGGAUGGAGACCUGCCCCUAGAACACCUCGAAAUCUCCGGGUUGGCGAGGAGCAGCUCUAGGAAAAGAAGUAAAAAGAAGCUAGCCGAAGUGGAGGUGCUGGACUACAUCCCAAUCGGAGAGGACUCCAAAGCCCCUGUGAAGAAGAAAUGCAAGUCUAAGAAGCAGGCAGAGCCAGGGGCUGAGGAGCUGAUGCUCAAAAGGAAGAAGAAGAAGCAGCGGAAAGAGAGAAGGGACACAGGAGCACAUGGCGACCAGGAAGCAGACCCGGACUUAGAAGUGGUUCUGGAGAAGAAAGGCAACAUGGACGAGACGCACAUAGACCAGAUGAGGCGAAGGGCCUUGCAAGAAGAGAUAGACCGGGAGUCAGGCAAGACGGAGGUUUCGGAAACCAAGAAAGGGAAAGGAACCAAGUUUGGCCAGUGGGACACUGCUGGUUUUGAGAAUGAGGACCGGAAACUGAAGUUUCUCAGACUGAUUGGUGGCUUUAAGAACCUGUCACCUCCGCCCAGCAGCCGCCCCUCCAGCACAGCCAGCAAGCCCAACAUGGCACUCGGCAAGGAGGCGGCCAACGGCCUGCGGCUCAGCCUGCAGCAGGACUACGAGCGGGCCAAGAGCCGGCAGCACAGCCGGCGAGCUGGCCUCGGCUUCUCCCACGCCCCAAACAAAGUCUUUUAUAUUGACAGGACUGCUUCCAAGUCCAUCAAGUUUGAAGACUAAACUCUUGGGUCUCAGAGGGAGAGGAAAAAGAGAAAGGAAAAAAAAAGCCAAAAUUUCUUUUCUUAUUUAGUUAUGCAGAUUCCAGCCACCCGACAACUGUCCCCAAAGGAGCGGCCAAUUUAGGACAACUAUCUUGAUGUACUGGAAGGAACUGGGGCGGGCGGGGGCAGCUCAGGUUUCUGGAGCCAAGAGCACAAGUGGCCGAAACCCCACUUACCGUGCUAACCAUUCCCUGUCCGACGACACCUGGCGUGUGAUAGCAGCUAGCGUUUGUUGGGGUCUCUGGGUAGUGCUAACGGUUAACACACUUGGCUUCUAAUCGAAGGCUGGAGGUUCGAGUUCACCCAGAGGUGCCUUGGAAGAAAGGCCUGAUGGUCCACUCUAAGAAAGCCACCACUAAAAACCCACGGAGCACAGUUUGGCUCUUGACAUGCAAAAGGUCACCCACCGUGAGUCCACCGUGGCAGCGGGUGUCCGGCAUCUACUGAACGUGUAGUGUGGGUCAGAGACUGUGUGAAAGUGCAUUCUUUACGUUUCUGUGUUUCUCAACAGCCGGUGCUAUGAUCAUGCUCCUCUAGUGGAGGAGAAAACUCAGGUUCAGGGACGUGAUGUAAUUGCCCAGGGCCUCCCAGUUGGGAAGUUCAAACACUGUACUUCAGUAAGCCCCAGCCCAGGCCACUAUUCACUGUGACUUGUCCCCUCAGGGACCAUCACCUGGAAUCCUCGGGAUUAAAGUGUCUUUUGGUUUCAGAA